AUGAUCAACAAUCACCUCCAACUCACAGCCCAUCUAGCCGCAAACUACGUGGGCUCGCUCUACCCAACCUGUAACCAGUUCCGCAAGAAAAGUGUCACGGAAACUGACCAGUUAGUCCAGUUCCAAUUGGUGGAAGGCGACCUCCAAUUACUCACUAUUACAGUUACAGAAUUGAGCCAGCAAUUGAACGUGGUCAGCUUCGUCCACGGAACCCCCAAAAAGGUCGACAAUGUCACCAUUGACUGGAGCUUGAACGACCUCAUUGACCACGAGAUCCAGUUUCCCAUCAACGAGAUCAAUCUCUCCAACGACUUGAUCCAGGCGUUCAACAAGCGGGUCCGCGACAAGACAGGCUCCGAUACCGAGCUCAGAAAGCUCUUCGAUCGUCCUGUCGAGGUCCCACAAGAAAAGCCUCACAGAAAGUCCCCCAACCCUCGUUUCAACGACGCUGACCGCUUGGACAACUCUACUGCUCCCACAGGCACCCACCACACAAGACCAGCCGACAUGCCGGACUUUGAGGACGAGCUUGAGAUCAGGGCGCCCCCCAGAGGCACAGGAUCUGCUCUGUUUCCUGCUAUUGGCGACAGAGACUUGAAUCCACCAGGAUUGCCCAAACACCCCGAAAUGAAGCCCUUCAUCGAUCCGUUGGGUUCAGAGGACGGGGGAAUGUUCCCAUCGCCCCACCAUCCCUUGUUUGGCGGCCGCCCUCAGGGAGGAAACACCUCUAGAUUGGGGGUGCCACCUGGAGCCCGUUUUGACGACCCCUACGGCGAGGACGACCUCGAUGCGCUUGGAGCAGGCUUGCCAGGCAACGUCAGAAGUUCCAGUGCGUUUGGCUACGGCCCUGGUCCUGGAGGUCCCGGAUUCGGAGGCCCUGGAGGUCCCGGCUUCGGCAGCUCUGACCACGGAUUCUAA